AACACCCGGUCUACAGCUUUGCUCUGACGCACUACUUAUUCGUCAGUAGAAGUUACUGUCUUGGCAUUGGUUGUCAGUGCUGAGACUAGUGAUAUUGUUAGCGUUGAGUAAGUGAGUCCCGAAAUAAUGAACAAAAAAGGUAGUAAGAUGGAUGUAGAAAUAGCACCCUUACGAAGUCUAGGUGAUUUUAUGCUGGAGUCGGCGAGAUUUCAAAUCCCAAACUUUCGUGAUCUUGACAAAUGGGAAAAAAGAGUUGUAAACAAUCUUUUGUAUUACCAGACAAAUUAUUUCUUACUGGGCAUAGUAAUUUUCGCGAUCGUGGGUGUUAUUCAUCCAGUGGAUUUGUUUCUGGGAUUUCUGUCAACAUUUGGUGCAUUUUGCCUUUUUUACUAUUUCAUUAACUCUUCAGCAUCAACCAGAGCAUUUAAGAAGAACUACCCGGUUUUUGGACUGAUACUUAUAUUAGUUGCCAUUCACUUUGCUGUUUAUUUGCUGGGGUCCAUGUUAGUUUUUCUGAUGGGUAUAUUGCUUCCUGUUGCAGUAACAUUUGUGCACGCAUCUAUGAGACUUCGAAACAUGAAGAAUAAACUUGUUAAUACGAUGGAGGCAAUAUGUUUGAAGAGAACACCAAUGGGUGUUUUUCUGGAAUCCAUUGACAAGUUCACGAGUGAAAUGAGUGGAGAGGCACGUACAAAAUUGAAAGAUGCAAAAUCAAAGUAAAUAUGGCAAUGACUGUAGAAAGGUAAAAUUAAAUAUAUUAAAGAAGAAGCUCACAAGAUACAGGAAAUCUUUCCAGACAAACACCAGAAAUCACCUUUACCAAAUUAACUUUAUUGUUGGGAAGAAAAUACAUUUUGUGUUUAAGUUCAGCAGUGUACAUGUAUUGCAGUGAUCUAGUGUACAAUUCAAUCAGUUUGAAAGAAAUGUGUAAAAGUGCAGAUGUGCAUCUUGCACUUCAGUUUUAUAAGACUAUGAAGAUGAAGAGAAGUUACCAACUGCUGAAUACUAUAUCUUUAACAACGAGGGAAUAAAAAAAGAUCUUGUAUUCCUUAGAACCUUCAUGUUGCAUACUCUCAACUUUGAUAAGACAAAUUACUCUUAGCAUAUCAGAAAAUAAGUGAUUUGGUUUCACAAAGAAGACUAUAUGUGUAUCAUAAAUUCCACUUUUAGGUACAGAUGAAACUGAAAAGAAAAAGAGAUGCAGUAUUUUCAUAUCCAUGUUUAGUGAAGUGACAUAAUAUAUGCUAUUUUUCUUGAUAUAGAAUUGAAAGCUAUUGUGAACUAUAAUAAUAAGAUAAAAUGGACAAAAAUGAUUGUGUCAUUUGGCUAUCAAUUUAACUUUUAAUAACCGUUCAUACUACAUGUGAACAGUACUACAAAACUGUGAUACAAUGUU